UUGGCACGCGCGCGUGGCUCCUGCACCCCUUUCGUGUCGUCCCUCGGCGCAUACGCCUCCCGCGUCUCGGACGGCGGCUGCGGGAAGCGGCGGGUCUGCUGCGAACGGCGACGCUGUACACCGCUUGCGCCGAAGGCUGCUGCGAGCGCAUGGCGGCCCGACCGCUCGCCCUGAAGUCGCACGUUCUGCAGCUGCGCCCCCGAAGGUGUGCGCUACGCGGCAGCGCAGCGGUCGCCGCCGUCUGGCCCGGUCGCGCGCGCCGUCCAGCUACGCGGCCGGUGGUGCCGCCGUCAUGGUGACUCGAAGAGGACCGUCCCUAUUCGGGAUGAGCGAAUACCUGUCGUACGUGGGUGGCGUGCACGGCGUGGUAGCAGCGGCGGGAGCGGCGGCGGCGCUUGGGCUUACCUACAUGUUUGGCCGCUCCUCGAACCCCAUCGAGCCCAUGGUCAGCCUGGACAACCAGAGCAGGUUACUCACGGGGCUGGAACGGAUCAGGACAUCAAGGCUAUGUCCAGAUGGGAAGCACAUAGAGUACCUUUAUGAAGACUGCAGGACAUUAUUCGAUGUCAUGUACAGGGGUGCCAGGGUCUCCAAUAAUGGCCCUUGCAUGGGGUGGAGAGAUCCCGGAUCGGGAGAAUACAAGUGGAUUCAUUACAAUCAGGUGUUGGAGAGGAUAAAGUGCAUUGCCUGUGGCCUUGUGAAACUAGGGGAGAAGCCUGGACAGCAAACAUUCAUUGGUCUCUACACUCAGAAUUGUGUUGAGUGGAUUGUCACAGAACAAGCCUGCUACUAUUUCUCGAUGAUCAUUGUUCCUUUGUAUGACACACUUGGAGCUGCUGCCUGUGCAUUCAUCAUUAACCAAGCUGACAUUGAGACAGUUGUCUGUGAUACUCAAGAGAAAGUGGAGUGCCUUCUAAGGCAGGCAGAACUUACACCCAAGCUAAAAAGGAUAAUUGUCAUCAAAGAUGUCUCGGAAGAAAUUAAGGAAAAGGCCAGGAAGGCAAAUGUCAUGCUUAUGAAAUUUUCAGAGCUGGAGGAACUUGGAGAGAAGAACUUCAGGCAUCCUUUGCCGCCGCACACAACUGACCUGGCCACUGUAUGCUACACAAGUGGCACAACGGGCAACCCCAAGGGAGUCAUGCUGACCCACCUGAACAUCAUCUCGGAUCUGUCUGCUGUUAUGCGCCAACUGGGGGAUAUUGCUCCUAAUGGUGAUGACGUGAUGUUGUCAUUUCUUCCCCUGGCCCACAUGCUUGAAAGGUGUUGUGAGAUGGCUAUCUACAUGAUUGGUGGCAAAGUUGGCUUCUUCAGCGGUGACAUCAAGGAGCUUGGUGAAGACAUGAAGGCCCUGCGCCCAACAAUCAGUCCCACAGUACCCCGCCUGCUGAACAGAAUUCACGAUAAGGUGAUCUCUGCCUGCAGUGGCAGCUUCAUCAAACGUACACUGUUGAACAUGGCCCUCAAGAGCAAAGAGUCUGAGCUCCAGAACUUUAUUGUGCGACGAAACAGCCUAUGGGAUAAGCUUAUCUUCAAGUCUGUCCAUGAAAGCAUGGGAGGCCGCCUUCGGCUCAUGGUGGUCGGCUCUGCGCCGCUUUCACCAAGUGUUAUAACCUUUGUUCGGUGUGCUUUGGGCUGUGUGAUUGUGGAAGGCUAUGGUCAGACUGAGUGUACGGCACCUUGCACUCUCACAUUUCCGGGUGACUACAAUGCGGGUCAUGUGGGGCCUCCCAUUGGAGCCUGCAAUGUGAAACUAGUGGAUGUUCCCGACAUGGAGUACUAUGCAAGCAACAAUGAAGGAGAGAUUUGUGUGAAGGGACCAACAGUCUUCCAAGGUUACUUGAAGGACCCUGAGAAGACAGCAGAAGUGCUUGACAAAGAUGGUUGGCUCCACACAGGGGACAUUGGCAAGUGGCUGGAUAACGGAUGCCUGAAGGUCACAGACCGCAAGAAGCACAUCUUCAAGCUGUCCCAAGGCGAAUAUAUUGCUCCUGAGAAGCUGGAAAACAUAUUUAUUCGUUCAUUGUUUGUGGCUCAGAUCUUCGUGCAUGGAGAAAGCCUCAAGUCCUGCCUUGUUGCAGUAGUGAUGCCUGAUCAAGAGUAUCUGAUGCAAUGGGCAGCAGAAAACUCCAUAUCGGGCACCUUUCAGGAACUCUGCAGGAAUAAUAUUGUCAAGAAGUCCAUUCUGGAUGACCUCUGUCGCCUUGGAAAAUUGUCUGGGCUGAAGUCUUUUGAGCUGCUGAAGGACAUCUAUGUGCACAGUGACUUACUGAGUGUCGACAAUGGCCUUCUGACACCCACUCUGAAGACUAAGCGGCCCGAGUGCCGGAAAUACUUCCUGCCCCAGAUCGAAACCAUGUAUAGGAGUCUAGCUUAGAGCCUUAGGGGUAACAGAAAGAGUUACUUUUUUUUUUUCAAGCAAUAGAAUCACUGUAGCAGAGGGCACAGAAGCUACAUUUCUCCACACUUCUACGGGUGCCCUCCUGUGCUGUCAGUACGUUGAAGAGGCAGCAUGCGAGACCAGAGCACUUUUUUCCAUACCACUCGCUCUCUACUUGUCACGUCUCCAAGACUCGAAGACUCUGGAAAGAAGUCUCCCAACCGCUGCUACUCUUUCUCAAGGACCAGUCCUCGUAGAUUUUGUAAAAAGUUCAGUUGGUGUUGCUGACCGAUGUCAUUGUCUCCAGGCAUAUGCUUUUUCCCCGCCAUUACCGCCAGGUUUCUCUCUUCUGGAUACUGUGCAUUUAUUUGCUGACUCAAGAUUUAAAUGCUAACAACAUAGCACUUGGGUGCAGGCUUGAAUGAAGAGUAGUAUUUCUGCAUCAAAUGUGGAACUUUUUGUUUUGUUUACUUUUCAUCUGUGCACACGUGUUUGCACUGGAAAAUGUGAACUGGCAUACUACUGAAUGUGUUAAACUUCCUUUUAUGAUUUUUUUUGUUUUAAACUGACAUGUUGCAUUUGCCUAAAAUUGUGAUCGAUUUAGUUUUUGUUGUCUCCUUGAAAUUAUGUGCUACAUUUUUUUUUGUCUAAACUUUGUUUGCAGCAUUAUUUUGUUCUGUUAAUUUACUCAAUCCUAGGUUUUCACGGGCUUCAAUCUUUGGCAAGAUUGUCAUUCAGCUCAACCAGUGCUACUGUGAUGAAUGCAUUAUGUGUCACAUGCGUUAACAAAUUGACUUGUUACUUCCAUCUUUGCUGCAUGCAAAUCCAGAGCAUGCCCGUGCGGCAGUCGUAUGCAAAUUUGGAAGGAUUAUCAUUUUCACACAUUUUACAGGCUGGAGCAUCCGUGCUUAUAGCAUUCUUGUUGCUGUCUAUAAUAUUGUUCUUCUUUGUGACACAUAGAAAUGACUUAUAUAUAUAAAUAUUUAUUCCAAAUCUUUUUCUAGAAAACUCUUUCAGGUGAAACCUUAAAAAAAAAUAGACCUUUUUGUCUUCACUCUACUUUUGACAUCAUAUCAUGUGAUAAUUCUGAAGUCAAAAAUGCAGACUCUAGUCCAAACAGAAAUUGCAUUACUUUGAAGCUUUCUGCUGUGGUGAUAAGUUAGUGUAGUUAAGCGCAUAGAGCAAAAAUCGAAGGCAUGUGCAGAGUGGCUGACCACCUUUUAAUGAAGCAUUUCAAUUUUGCACAGGUCUCUCAGAGCUAAAAUGGUGCUGUCUCUCCUUCGCUUUUAUACUAAAAAACUUAGGUUAACGCAUAAAACUUAAGUCUCUACCAUUUUAUGUGUAUGUUGUUUUUCCUAAUCAUGAUUUUUUUACAUUCCAAGUUCCUAAUAACUACAAAACAUUAAGCUUUCCACCCUUGUAUCCAUCUCCUCUGAUAGUCCUUCCACAACUUUGGGGACAAAAAUUCAUGUUGAUACAUUGUUUGGACUUUUCUUCUUUUGGCAUCCUAGAAGUGUUUUGCAAUAACUGUACACUUGCAAAGAAAGAGGACAUAUUUAUUAGUUACUACUUCUAGUUCCAAAUGACCAAAGAAUUAAUAGUACUUAAGAGCAGACAUUGGAAUGUAUCCAUGCACUCAUAGUUAGGCUUUCAUGAAUAAAACGUCUGUGAUUUUCACCUGC